UUGAAGGGCUCCCCGGCGCAGGAAGGCAGCGGGGAGGAAAAGGCCCGGAGAUGCCCCCGGAGGAGGGGCUGCAAAGCCAGCCCAGGGAGCUGUGAGGAGGAAAGAGCCGUCCUGUGCCGGGAAGGCGGCCGGAGCUUGAGCCGGAGCUCCGAGCUCGUGGUGCAGGAGCGCGUCAAUACCGUGGAGAAGCCCUACAAGUGCCCCACCUGUGGGAGGAGCUUCGUCAGCAGCUCCAACCUCCUUGCCCACCAACGUGUCCACACUGGGGAACGACCCUACGAGUGUGGGGAAUGUGGGAAGAGCUUCAUCUAUGGCUCCCACCUCUUCACCCACCGCCGGGUGCACACGGGGGAGCGGCCCUACAAGUGCUUGGAAUGCGGGAAGGGCUUCAGUGUCAGCUCCCGCCUGAUACGCCAUCAGCAGAUCCACACUGGGGAACGGGGGCACCAGCCCCACAAAUGUGGGGAAUGCAAGAAAAGUUUCCAAUACAGUUCUGAACUCAUCACCCACCAGCGCCUGCACACAGGGGAGAAACCCUACAAGUGCUCAGAAUGUGGGAAGAGCUUCCGCCUCCGUUCCAGCCUGAACCAGCAUCAGAAGACCCACACUGCGGAAUGGCCCUUCCAGUGUCUCAAGUGUGGGAAGAGGGCUCGGAGCAGCUCAGAUCUCCUCAAGCAUGAGCAGACACACACAGAGGAGAGGCCCUUCCGCUGCACCGACUGUGGGAAGGGCUUCAAACGGAACUCCACCCUCGUCACCCACCGGCACAUCCACACCGGGGAGAGGCCCUACAAGUGUGGGGAGUGUGGGAAGAGCUUCGCCCGGAGCUCCAACUUGACCAAACACCAACGGACCCACCGGUAAGG